AGCCGCUGUGAACAGUGGACGCCAUUUUCGUUUUUCAUUUCUCUAACGUGCCGCGAGUGUAGUGAUAUUGAUUUAGUUUUUGUUCAAUAUUGUGCUUUAAAUUUACUUCUGAUUUUUAUACAAGUGGUUUACUUAGUUUUUAAAAUGGCAGAUGAAAAAAAGGGUGAGAGCGAGCACAUCAACCUUAAAGUUUUGGGGCAAGAUAAUGCGAUUGUUCAAUUCAAAAUAAAAAAACACACGCCACUAAGAAAGCUCAUGAACGCGUAUUGUGACCGUGCUGGACUCUCAAUGCAAGUUGUCAGAUUUCGAUUUGACGGACAACCAAUUAAUGAAAAUGACACACCUACAUCACUAGAAAUGGAAGAAGGGGAUACAAUAGAAGUAUACCAACAGCAAACGGGCGGAGUAUUAGUGUAAAUUGUUGUUUAAGGAACUGUCCAGCUCAGUGGGAAAUAGAGGGUCUACCCUUUUUAAAAACCUAAUUUAAGUUAAUAUUAAUAACAUAUUUUUAAUAGUAUUGAGACUUGAAGCUUUUCAUUGUUCAUUCCAUCUUUGACAGUACUAAAAAAUGUCAUAUUUUUUAUUAUUUCAUAAUUAAAAACGAGAAGCUAUUCACAAUAAUUUGUGAAGUUACCUAGCAAUCAUUUGGUUUACCAAAAUGUGUAAAAAAUUAUUAAAAAUGUAUGUUAUGUAUUACAGUUAUUGUAAGCUAUACCAGCAUUAUGAGACCUAACAUUGUAAUAUAUUUCUUAUGUGAAUCAAAAACUCUGUUCUAAAAAACAAGAUGUAUGUAUGUACCUUUGAAAUAAAAUAAAUUCAAAAUAGA